UCUCAACCUCAACUCAAUCCAAAACCUAUCCUGCCUCUUGAAUGACAUAGAGAGAGACUGGUGGCGGCGGCGGCGGCAGCAGCAGCAAGUAGGUAUGUGGUUGAUGCAUUUGAGAAGCGGUUGCAGAUCCUUGCACUUUCGUCAACUAUAUGCACAUUCAAAUCCGAUAACACCAACCUCCUUAUUUCGGCCAUCAACAAAGACACAUGUCACCAACAAUUUUUCUCCAUCCCAUUAAUCAAACCACUCUCUGUGGGAUCUCCCACCCCACUCUUCUCACUCCCUUCCCAUUCCUUAUUUCUCACCUCUUCCCAAUAUCUCAACAGUUUCUUUCUCCUUCACCCAGAAUAUCCCCAUUACAAUGACAUCCAUCUUCUCACCUAUAACCCCACCACUCAAAAAGCUCUCACUCUUCCUCUUGAUCCUCCACUCCCUACAACUACAACUCUCACUUGGGAGGUUAGAACCCAAUUUGGCUUCGACCCUUCAACCAAACUCCACAAAUUCCUCCGUGUUAAAUGGACAGAAUCCAUUCCACAAUCAAUUCCUGGAGUUAUUAAUAUGGUGUGCACGGUUUUGACAAUUGGCAGCAACAAGUCGUGGAGAGAGGUAAAUCAUGUGCCACCGCCGGUUGAUUCUACCAAGUGUGGUAUUGGUGGGAAAAGUAGUGUUUGUGUUAAUGGUGCAAUACAUCGGUUAACACAGUAUGGGGAUUCCAUUGUGGCUUUUGAUCUCAAAGAUGAGAAUUUUAGACUUAUCCCACUUCCCCAUGACUUCAAAAAAAAAAAAACUCUGCACCGUUCCGUUUGGAAUUUGAACGGUUAGUUGAGCUUGAUGGGUGCUUGGCCUUGGUAGCUGACGUAUAUAGCGCAGGGAUGGCCAGUUAACGAGCCUGAUAUUCUUGUGUAGACACCAUCUGCUCUCCUGAAUAAUAUUGACCCAGAUAAACGCCGUUGUUUGGAGUUUAUGCGUGGGGUAAAAUAUGUGGUGUUAGAUGAGGCAGAUAUACUUCUUUGUGGGGGCUUCCAGAAUAAAGUUAUCUGUCUAUUAAACAUGCUCCGUUUUGAUGAAAAGCUAUUGCCUCAGUCAAAAGAAUCUGUAUCUGAGAUUACCAGUGGACCUUCAUUACACUUUACUUUAGAGGAUAAAGAGGACCUACAAACUGACAUCAUAUCAGAAGGGGAGGAAAAUUCUGAGGAUGUUCAUAUUGAUGACUUAGCAGAGGAUGUUGAAGCUGGGUCUAAUAAAACAAAAGACUGGAGGAGAGUGAGAAAAAAUUAUGAGAGCAGUAAACAGUACAUUUGCGUUACAGCCACCCUUACAGUAAAUGGAAAGAAAACUGCUGGGGCAGUGUUGAAACAGAUGUUUACAGAUGCCAACUGGGUCAGUGGAAACUACCUCCAUUGUCACAACCCCAGAUUGAAGUUACAACUGAGACUCAGGCGGAUGAACUCAUAAAUGCUGUGAAUCAAGAUUUUAAAUCUAAAGCUACUGAAUGCCGAACCAUGGUGUUUGCGAAUACUGUUGAGGCUGCAGUAGCAGUGGCAAUAUAUUGUUGAAAGCUGGCAUUUUACCAUAAGGAUAUCUUCUUGGAGGAACGUUCCCAGAGCUCAACUGAUCUCAAAGAGAAAGGUGGUAUUCUUGUGUGCACUGAUGCUGCUGCACGUGGUGUUGACAUACCAAAUGUCUCACAUGUUAUUUACACUCUGUUUGUAUCGAUGUAAAAUAUUUUCCAUAAAAUAUUUUCCCAUUUUCAAG